UAGAUCAAGAUUCUUGGGCGGAGCGUUGCAUAUCGUUUUAUGUCUAAGUAAGCAUGUUCAUUUCUACUAUAAAACCAGCCAAAGUUCAUAUUUUUGAAGUACUGUCAGCUGAAGUGUGAGUGAAAUUUGUCCAGACAUGGAUACUGUAUCAGACUCGAUGCUUGCGAGGGGACUGAUGUUCAUAGGUGGCUUCACAGUGCUGUAUUACAUGCUGAAAUGGUCCUGGGAAUGCUGGUAUGGAUUCAGAGUGUAUGUGCUGUCAAAAGUUUGGCAAGCUGAUUUAAAGGCAUAUGGACAAUGGGCAGUUGUCACAGGGGCUACCUCAGGGAUUGGCAAAGCUUACGCAAAUGAGUUGGCCAGAAGAGGCCUGGACAUUGUACUGAUCAGCCGGUCAAAAGAUAAACUCCACAUUGUUGCCAAGGAGAUUGAGAGCCAACAUGGACGCCAGACCCAGAUCAUCCAGACAGACUUCACAGAGGGCCAUGACAUCUACCCUGCUAUAGUUGAGGCACUACGGGACCUGGACAUAGGCAUCCUGGUUAACAAUGUAGGCAUGAACUAUUCUGACAAGUUGGUACAUUUCCUGGACAUUCCCAACCCUGAGCAGAGAAUCACCCAGGUGAUCAACUGUAACAUCCUCUCUGUCACCCAGAUGACCAGACUGGUUCUCCCACGCAUGGUGGAAAGAGGGAACGGUCUGAUCAUCAACAUGUCUUCAGAGGCAGGUGCUCAACCACAACCCAUGCUGUCUCUCUACUCCGCCACCAAGAUUUUUGUGACAUAUUUUUCCAGAUCUCUGAAUUCUGAGUACAAGUCACAAGGAAUCACAGUUCAGUGUGUGGCUCCCUUUAUGGUAUCCACUAACAUGACCCACAACUUGCCCCCCAACCUGUUGUUGAAGAGUGCCAGUGAUUUUGCCCGUGAAGCUCUGAACACAGUGGGUCACUCUAGCUACACCAGUGGCUGUGUCUCUCACGCUCUUCAACACAUUGCACUGUCCAUUUUCUUCCCUGAUUGGCUGCGCCUUUCAUCCUACUGUGUGAAGCAGACAGAGAAAUUUGCACAGAGCAUGCAGAAAAAAAUUGAUGAAAUGACAGAACAUUCUGCAAGCAAAGAGGACUAAGGAGUGCGAAGGAGGUUGCUACUGAAAUGUUUGUGGUGCUUUAAAGAGGUCAAAUUGGAAAUUGAUAUAUUUUUUAUUCCAUGUGGAUAACUUACUUGAUCAAUGUUACUGUAUUUGUAUUGACUGCCAUUGAAAUGUAUUGGUAAUAGGACAGAGAUUGUGUAAUGUUGAUGUUGUUGUGAUGUAAACAAGCUGACCCCAAAUCCACCAUGACCUAUAUAGCCUGAGUGCAGCAGAGAAUGAUCUGUGGGAGAUGGAACUCUCAAACUGGCUUCUAUAGUAUAUAUUCUAGCUAUAUACUGGAGUAAUAUACCUAUUAUGGAUAUAGACGACAACAUUAUAACUGGACGCUUGAACAUGUGCAUGUUAUGGUUGAUUUGGACUUUUAAUAUAGUACAAUUUUUGGUAUCAACCGUCGCAUGUCAUUUUUGUGAUUUAGACUUUCUUAAAAAUAAAUAAAGACAAAAAUACUUUA